ACAUUUCCAUUACAAUGUGGUUUUAUUCCAAUCAAUGUGGUGCAAAGUCACAUUCCAUAGGACAUAUCCUCGAAUCGAAGCGCCUUCUCGACAUUGCGCUGACAAAGCAUAGCCUCCCGAAUAACCAACGACUGGGUAAUACAUGGUAGGCUUUCCCGGGCAGCUUCUUCGAGCAAUCGCAUGCGACUUUCCAGGAAGGAAUUGAACUCCCUGCUCUCAAACAGCAGGUUCGUGCGCGAGGGUUCAACAUUGGAGAGUACGGCCCAAGGCGCAGAAGUACCAAGUCCUCGUGCGGCUGAACUCGCUGCUCGGUUUAUGAGUGUGCAGAAGGUCCUAGGAGGCGCCAAUGGCAAGCAUGUGUCGUUGUACACGAAGAUCCCCUACAACACACUCAUGAGGACUGUGCGCCAAACCAAGGCAGGCUCUAACAAGGCACCUGAACGUCGUGGCCCCAAGCCACAAGGCGGCCAUCCGCCUGACCGCCAUGACAUUCUCGUCAAGGCAAACAAGUUGGCACGCGAGUUCGAUCCAUUACAGUCCCUGACGGAUGGUUGGUACACGCGAUUUCGACAGCGCCACCCAGAGUUGACCGUACGCUCCGCGCAAGUCAUCUCACAUGCUCGAAACUUUGUCGACAUGGACGGAGUCAAUCGUUUGUUCGAAUCCAUGAAGACCGCCGUUGCUGACCAUGCUCUGACUCCCGAUCGCAUUUUCAUCGCAAAAUAUUCCGGUGCCAUGUACACGAUAUCCAAGAGAGUUGCGCUGCGCAUUGCGUCGAGGGCGUGGACUAGCCUCAUCGUUCCGACGAACGUCAUCAAAAACGGGGGGGGUCAUCCCGCAAGACAGUUGACGUAG